GAUGCUUCCACCUCUAAGCGCCAGCCAAAUGUUUAUCUGUGUUUUUUUGUCUGCCUACUUUGUUUAUUGCAACAAUGGAGAAACUAGAAGCUCUUAAAAUAUCAUCGAUGCGGCCGCGCAGUAAUAUACUGGACCGUCCGCUGUCCAAGGGCAAAACGGAGGUCUCCCAAAGCAUCGUGGCUCUGCUUUUCAGCGAGAUUGUCCAGUAUUCCCAGAGUCGUGUCUUCACCGUGCCCGAGCUCCAGACCAGGCUCCAUGACCUCGGCCAGGAUGUGGGGACUCGCAUUAUCGACUUGUACUUUGUGCGCGAGCGGAGCUCCAAGCGAGAGACUAAACUGACACAAAUGCUGCUCUUCGUCAAGACGACAGUGUGGAAGAAUCUGUUUGGCAAGGAGGCGGAGAAGCUGGAGCAUGCCAACGAUGAUGAGCGCACCUAUUACAUUAUAGAGAAGGAGCCGCUGGUGAACACGUUCAUAAGUGUUCCCAAAGACAAGAGCUCCUUGAACUGUGCCAACUUUACGGCAGGAAUUGUGGAGGCUGUGCUCACACACUGCGGCUUUCCCUGCAAGGUCACCGCCCACUGGCACAAAGGCACCACCUACAUGGUCAAGUUUGAGGACUUUGUCAUAGCCCGCGACAAGCAAAUGGAGGAGAAAUAGUCGUAGUACUCGGCAAACUUAUGAAUAAAUACAAUUACAGUUAGU